ACCCGGAUGGUCGGUCGCUCGCCCUGCCUCACCGCCUCAGUGCCGCUCUAGCCGUCGUGGGGUGACGUUGUGUCGCCUAGUCUCGUCCCUCACCGUGGGCGCUCACCACCACCCCUGACAACCCACGACACCUUCAACCACACAGAAAAAAAAAAACAACCAUCACAGGAAAGAAAAAUAACCUGUUAAUAAAACACUCAUCUACCUGUAUCAUUAAAAAAAUUUUUUUUAGACAUUUAAUUAACUUGGAUCGGAUGAGAUCUCACAACAGAAACAGAAAUGAGUGAAACUAGAAACAAAAUUAUAUUAAAAACAACCAUCUACCUGUGUCAUUAAGGUUAGAUGAGACUUGAUUAAUGUUGAAGCGAGACGGAAAAUAUUGAGUCAGUGAGUGUAAUAUUUCUUCCAACUGUGACUGACCUCCACCAGAGUGUUGUUGACAGAAUAUACUUAAGUGUUACAAGUUCUGGUGACCUCUGACCCUUGCUGGAGUGUCAAGAGAGGCCAAGAGUGCCACGGGGUCGACCAGCACGUGUACGGCAGUGCCUAGGGGGGGGUAGGGUGUGUAGUGCCACUCAGAGGGUGUGGUGGAGGAGGACACACAAGAGCCUCUCAUCACCCCACGAGUUACUUGAGGACUUAGCCACAAGAGGCUCAACAACUCCCCCACAACUACCACCGCUGACGACCACGACGACCUACCUGAAGGCGUCGACGACCACAAGGGCCCCCCACCUACAAGCGUUGACUACCUCGAGAGCCACCUGACGCCGCUUAAAGCUACCCAUCCUACUUCAUCACGGACAAUGAUGAGAGAUAAGUGGUGAAGGUCCUGCUUGUGUCUACCUCCGGGAUCUGUUAUUGGUUACUGGGGCCCGUGGUAUCCGGGUGAUCUUAGCUGUGAUUGGCUGCUGAGGUCCGUGACACCCCAAUGAUCUUCACUGUGACUGGCUGCGUUACGUGCGAGUUUGACAAUGAUGUGAUUGCUCGUCGAAUUACGUAGAAAUAACAGAACUUUGCAGAUUAUGUUGGUGAUUUACCGAGCAGUGUGGUCGUUGUAGGCAGAUAUAUCCUUUUAGUGUUGAACUGAAUCCCAUAAGUUGCCAAGAUGCAAGUGUCAACAACUAUGAGAGUACCGAGAGAGAUGUGGCCAUGAUGGAGGUGUCAGGUAACCCACCUUGCCCACCAGGACCCACCACCUGCCUGCCCACCGCGACGCCCACCACCACCCAGGCAGAUCUCAUAGUCCUCCACCGCCCCACUGAGUUGUCGCCAGACUCAGGGAAUGGCGAAGAACUGGAUGAGUUUGAUCCUUUGAAAUCCCCGGCAGUAGUUUUGGAGGCGAAGCGAGAGGUCAGUAAAGGUAUAUAUAGACCCGGGGGGCCGCUAACUCGGUGUAACAGUAGCGAGGCGGCCCACAGCUGUGGCUGUCCUCCCCAGGAGGAGGACUCAGCUGGUGGUGAAACUCAUCAACAGGGAGACCAGGUCCUGGGGUCCAGACAUAACCAGACGACGAAGAUGAUAACUUACGUGGCGGAAAAGCCGGAUGUGUUCCGGCUGAGUCUACAGCCGGAGAGAACAAUGAACAGUGAACAAGAGGCACAGAUGACAGCCCAUUCUGUGCUAGCGAGCAGAGGUAAACAGCCUCACGGGUGUAGAGGAGAACAAUAUCCCGCGGCGGCGUUUAACUUUGAGUCCCUGGAGUCAUCCCUUCUCGCCUCCUGUAGCUCACCCUUCCACUGUGGGCCUUUCUCCACCUCCUGUGGCUCUGUUGGCCGGCUCACCAAUGGUCCACAGACCAACGGGCCCUUUAGUCUGGCCGAGGAUGGCGACUCUGGCCUCCAGGUGAGCCCCUCCACUCAACCUUAUCAGCUGGAGGAGAGUAAGAGAGACGGUAGCGUCAAGCCCUUCAGCUUCAGCUUACCGUACGAGGCACUAACUCAUACACUUGACAAAAAAUCAUCGUCGAGUUCCUGUGAUAUUUCGUACUGUAGCAGUGCCUCUAAGCCUUCCACCACCUUCAGGAACUCAAGACCCGGCUCCCGAGGCGUCCCUGCCAGAAGGUAUACCAACCCGGAGGUAGUAAGGACUCAGCCGACGUCAGGGGGGCUACUAACCACCUCCUGUGACCUUAUGGCCUCUCCUCCAGGACAGUGUGUGUGUAUCAAUCCCGGCACCAGUCACGCCUGCGCGCCCAGGCUGUCCCACAUGUCCUCGCGGGGCAUCCUCAACCCGCUGUUCGAGCACGACAGCUGCGCCACACACGUCACCUACACCUCGAUGCCUUUAUCACCCAGAAAGUUUUCUCUUGAUCUUGGAUUAAUGUCAAGAAACUUUGAUCUGCCUGAGUUCCCCGUUCAGCCUCUGACUAAGAUAACUCUUCCUUACUCUCUCCAAGAGCCUCCGAUAAACACCACCACGACCAUGAGUCUUCACUGUCGUCCUCGAGAGACUGUUGGUGGAGACUCAAGUAAACAGAGUUGUUGUAGACACUGUGAGCAAACACCGCCCGUUUUAUCAUCAUCAGACAACCUUCCCUUCCAGUUCCACGACCCUACGGUGAGCUCCCCGUCAGUAACAUUACACGCCAGCACCGAGGCUCUACACGCUCACACUCUACCUGUGAAACAAUCUCAGCCUGUGACUGACCCUGAGACUAUAGCGUUUGGAGAUGAUCACGUGACCUUGUCUGACCUGCCCACGACGUCAGGAACACUGUUCAGGUCAGCAGAGGGGGCCAAAAAGCCACCUGUUGUGACCACCCCGGACUGGUUCAGCUUCUUGACGCCCUCCCAGGACGCCUACACACAGAAGCUCUUCACCCCGGGCGACCUACACGACGAGCUGCUCUACCCGGCGCCUUAUGGUCGCACCUCAAAGGUCUACCAGAACAUCAAUGCCCGCGAGGCAGACUUUGUCCUCCACAGACCUAACAGGAAGCCCAGAACAGAGCCUCUACCUUCCUGCCCUCCUACAGCGUCCCCCAGCCACAAGACGGAGGUGGAGAUCGCCGUAGGUGGCAUCAUCGAGCCUCUCGCUACAGAGGACGAGGAGGCACUGAAGGAGGGUGCCAGGGAGAGUAAGAAGGCCAGUCUGAGUGAGAGAAGAAACAGCAGUAUAGAGAAGAUCUUUAUACCCAAGCCAAGUGAGACUCUCGACUCCGUCAUCAACGUCAAGAUCGACAACUUUGAUAGAGAUGAAUAUGUCAAGUAUAAAAAGACAUUCAGUGAGACAGACGCUCUCAUCUCCGAAUGUCUGAAAAACACUACCGCCCCACAGUCUACCUACCCCCGCCCCACGUCACUAGAUAUACCCAAGUAUAGCCAAAACUAUAACGACAAGAUGACUGUCCUUCCAGACCCACUUACGGUGGCUAAGCACUCAAACAACAAGGGCAAUGUACGUAAUGUAAAUAAGGACAAGAACAAGCUUAAUAAAGGACCAUAUAGUCACGGUCAGGACAGUACUGGUGGUCAAUCAUCAGUGGUUAAGAAUGACAGUAGUAACAUCGAUCUAAUGUCUCCUGAGAAUGAACUGAAAAAGGAACAAAACCUAAAGGAUAAUAAACACCUUACCACCACCACCUCCCUCCGUCACCCAUCACUACCAACUACCCUCACCCUCUCACCCAUCAAAUCGCCCCGUAAACAAUCCCUCCCUACUGAAGCAGAACUCUUGGGCAGGAGACGAAGUAAACCCAUCAGGAAGUUUAGCCUCUCAGACUACCAACAGCCUCUAGAUGUCAUCGCUUCAGGAAGAGGAACGUUCUCCCCCGUGCGAGAGGCCGAGGAGGUUAAUUUCUGCCUCAAUGAUGACUUUGCCAGAAGAAAAGAUAAGGGCAAGAAGCACUCAUCUAAUCACAUUGUUGCUAAAGAUUUCUUCAACUCGUUUUACUCACCACAAGACGAGGACGAGGACAAACUUUUAGCGAGACAGAAAGCUAAAACUAAAGCUACAUCAUCAUCAUCAUCAUCGUCGUCGUUAUCCUCAGCUACAAAGUAUGUCGGGGCCAACAGGCAACACUCGGGACACAAAGACAACGGUGACAGGGCCAACAGGCAACGCUCAGAUCACAAAGACAACAGUAGCAGAACCAACAGGCAACACUUGGGACACUUAGACAACACCAAUGAACACACCAACAGUUCCAGAUCAAAAGAAACAACAUCAAAGACGCCUCACCAUCACCACCAUCAUCACCAUCACCAUCACCACGCUCAAGGAAGAAGUAGCAGCAGCAGGCAGGAAAAGGAUGAUGUUUCUGGAGAUACCAAGACUUGCUCAGAAAAGUUGUGUCCACCAGAGUGUCCAGCAGAGUGUCCAGCAGCAGAGUGUCACGCAGAGUGUCCAGCAGAGUGUCCAGUAGAGUGUCCGGCAGAGUGUCCAGCAGAGUGUCCAGCAGAGUCUUCCAAUGACCACACGAGGAUCUCAGACUAUCACAAUAAGUGUCCUGAAAGAUGUCCAGACUCUCCCACUGACCAUAGGAUCCCCGGACACGAGGACACGGUGGCAGAAUGGUGUCCUGCCUCAUUUAGUGAGCCAAGGACCUCAAGACAUCACAAGAAAAGUGGAGAAAGAUGUCCUACGUCUCCUACCACAAAGGAUAAGAACAGGAAGUCGAAGGAUGCCCCCCACAGUUCACCCAGAAAGUCACCCAAGAAAACGAAACGGCGGCCAGUGAAGGAAUCCCACACCAAUUUGGGGGCGCUGCUGAGUCCUGGGGAAUUUGGAGGACCUGGGGGACGUGCUGGGGAUCUCUUCACCAACGGAGAUGACACAGCAGGCAAGAUUUCCGAGGACAGACGCGGUACCUCCAGCCAGUGGACGACCCCCGUGGUGCCCUACCAACCCCUGGUGGACAUGGUCACCCCUACCACACCCGACGACCCCCACCACCCUCCUGCGGCUACCGGAGCUACCAGGAAACAGCGACACAAGAGAACCCACAAGAAACGACGACGUGCACGACACUACUGACGACGACGACGACGACGACGAAGAUUCAGAUGCUUCCACUUCGUCAUUAUCAUCGUCAGUUUCCAAGUCAUCGUCAUCGUCAACACUAACGUCGUUCUCUGGAGGUGGUGGUGAGGGGGAGGGUUCCAAGACAUCCUCGUCAUCGUCUUCUGCGUCAUCGUCGUCGUCGUCUUCUUGUUCUGAUUCUUCCUCCUCCUCCUCCUCGUCAUCGUCUUUGUCAUCGUCUUCGUCUUCCUCGUCAGAUUCGUCAGAUAUUGAGGAUCUGAUUCUCUGAUGAGGUCGUCUAGUGAUUCUUUAAGCUGACCACACUACCACUACUACCACCACAACACCACUAUUACCACUAACACCACCACUAUUACCACCACCACACUACCACUAUUACCACCACAUCACUACCACCACUGUUUCCCUUUAACUGGGAAUGAGAGGAUGUAUCUAACGGGUGACUCACAAUACUAUAACACAAACAACACAAUAAACACUUAUGUUUAGACUAGUUAGUAACGAGAUGCGCUUCUUAUCCUAAGUUAAGGACACAAGUCAUUACCGUUUGAGUCGCUGAGAAUCUGGACAAAGAUAUAUUUGAGGUUCUCGUGUGGUGAGUUGAGGCGAUUUUCAGGGUAAAUAGAUUUAUCAAUGGUGCAGUACACUCUCCUCUUCAGACCUUGUUGACUGGUCGGUGGACAGAGGAGAGCUGUGUCUGUCCAGUGUCUAAUGUAAACAAAGCCACGUCACUCUUUGUAAACAAAGCCACGUCACUCUUUGUUAAAAUUGCCACGUGACACUUUGUAAACAAAUCCACAUAACUUUUUUGUAAACAAAGACAUGUCACUCUUUUUAAACAUUGCCACGUGACAUUUGUAAACAUUACCACGUGACACUUUGUAAGCAAAGCCACAUGAUUUUUUGUAAAUAAAGCCACGUCACUCCUUGUAAACAUUGCCACGUGAUAUUUUGUAAACAUUGCCACGUGACAUUGUUAAAAAAGUCACGUGAUUUUUUGUAAACAUUGCAACGUGACUUUAUGUAAACAUUGUCACGUGACUCUUAGUAAACAAAGCCACGUGACAUUUUGUAAACAAAGCCACGCUACUUUUUGUAAACAUUGCCACGUGAUUUUCUUGACACUUUUACUUGUGCUAACAUAGAGCCAGUCAUUACAGAGACAUUAUACGUGUACUUAUAUUAAGUGACAGAAACGAUAAGCAAGAAAUACAACAACCAAUAGGAAACUUUGGAACCGAGUUAAAAAAUCAUCCCAACAAAAGAUGAUAAUAAGCUAUAAAUUUGCAUGUAUAAUUCUAUAUAAUACAAAAUCCUUCUGGGUGCCGUAGAAAUUUAAAUAGCUUAACAAAUUUUAAAACACAUUUAAAGAUAUAAAAAUAUAGUGUUAGAACCUGUGAAUAUGCUUAGGAUUAUCACUUAGGUGCGAGAAACAUUGGAGCCACUGGAUGAAACGUUAUGUAUUGGGAGUAAAGUUGGCCCUGGCGUCAACGACAACAAACCGGAGUGGAGACGAGCGAGGUUCGACGAACGCUGUGACGUCACCGCCAUAUACUGCUGUCCCUUAAAAUCCUUGUUAUGCAUCAGAUUUAUGUAUUUUUUAUACAUAUACACAUGUAUCUUAAGGCCUGUAUCAGAGUAUCAUUGAGAAGAUUAACGCUUAUAGCUCUAGAUAUAAUUCUAAAUCAUUUUUAUUGUUAAUUAUGUAACAAGUAGAUGAAACUGAUUCAUUUUAGAUUGAUAUUUAAUUAACUUAUAAAACAGCUUCAGUGUUACGUUAUUAAGUAACUUUUAAAGUCUAAAAUAAGUCGAUUUAAGACAAACUUUAGUGACAUCUAAACACCUUAAUAUUAUCACUAGAUUUGACUUAGUAUAAUAUAUUGUAGAAUGAAAACAAUGGACCUCAUUGUACAGCCUUGUGGUAACCUAACCUGAACCUUCAAUAACUUAACCUAACCUAAUCUAACCUAACCUGA